UUUUUUAAUAGCAUACAUUAUUCUUGGAACACAGAUAAUAAUAUGAUAUAAUUGAAAACAAAUUAAUGGACAUUGUUCGAUACUUUUAGGAAGAAAGUUUUAGAUUCGUUUUAACUUGCAGCGUGAUAUUUAUGACUGAAGUAAUAGGGCAUAGUAGUCGAGUAACAAAGAGUAACCGAAUGGUAGGGGUGGUAGUGGAGCGGUGGUGGUGGUAGCAGAAUACUUGAUGGAGAGAGGGUAACCGCUUACUGCUCUUCUCCCUAGAGGUUGUCAGUGACAAUCGAACUGUCGCGUCGUUAGAACACUCGGAGGGAAUUUCUCGAAUUGCGCAGGCGAGAAAAGCGUCCGUUACACCCGGCUCCCGGUCAAGUACGCGUGUGUAUGUCCAAUAAUCGCACGUGUAUAAAGAGAGACGCGAUCGUGUCGAUAUUUAUAACGGAACUCAUCGUAGACAUCAGAUUUAUACAAUCUGGAACAGAAAGGUACGAACAGAAGGCGAAGAAGAUGGGAAUUACAUUUGUCUUCGUUAGAAGGUUAUACGCAAGGUGAUAUGUUGCACGCAAUGGCGAAGAAUUGACACCGUUAGAAGAGGGACGUUAUCCCGAGCACGAAUUUUUGAGUUCUUCCUCUUCUUCUUCUUCUCUUCCUCUUCUUCCUCGUCGGCUCAUUAUGAGGAGAAAAAGGUGCGGCGCCUUUUUCAACAAAUAUCUAUACUUCUUACCUGGACGAUGGAACUAUUUUUCACCCGAAUUCAAAGAAGAUCGGUGAUCGGUGAAGAUUCCUUAAUAAAUCAAACAUUCUACGAAAGAGAGAGAGAAGUUUCGUAAGGAAUUUCUUAAAGAAAUUCUAAAAGGAAGAAAAAUGGCGCAUGAAAAUGGUAUAAACGGGGACACAGAUUCUGAGACGGUGGAACUGAAUCCUCUUAGAAGAACGAGAUUCCACGUGAACCGAGUGGACAGCGUCGAAGGUCGCACCAGUCUUUUAGGCGAACAGGAAACGAAAAAAUCCCUGAGACACAUGACGAGGGAAGCUUUACCUAGGCUCGACAAUUAUAGGAAUAUUAUGAGUAUCCAGGCUGCUCACAGACCCUCGCUCGAUGAACUCCAUAAUCCUACCCUUCUUAACAAGAGAUCCGGCUCAAACACACUGCCCAUAACGGACGUAAAGCUACCGGUGUCGGGUAUCAAAUUUGGAUGGAUUCAGGGAGUUUUAAUGAGAUGCCUCUUAAAUAUAUGGGGGGUUAUGCUCUUUCUUCGACUUUCUUGGGUCGUAGCUCAUACUGGCAUAGGACAAUCUAUACUCUUGAUUCUUACAACUACAGUAGUAACGACCAUUACAUCUUUGUCCAUGUCGGCGAUUAGUACAAACGGACUUAUAAAAGGAGGCGGAACCUAUUAUAUGAUAUCCCGUUCACUUGGACCAGAGUUUGGAGGUUCUAUAGGAUUAAUAUUUUCUUUAGCGAAUGCAGUUGCCUGUUCCAUGUAUGUAGUAGGCUUCUGCGAGAGUAUGGUUGGUUGUCUCAAAUCUUAUGGAAUUUGCAUAGUGGACUGUGCCAACACGGACAUUAGAAUUAUAGGUUGCGUGACCAUAGUUUUCCUUCUCUUAAUCGUAAUGGUAGGUUUGGAGUGGGAAGCAAAGGCUCAGAUCGGUCUUCUGGUCAUACUUCUUGCAGCUAUCCUUGAUUUCAUGAUUGGUACCUUCAUAGGGCCUAAAAACGACGAGGAAAAGGCGAAAGGAUUUAUUGGAUAUAAUGCUGAUCUAUUCAUGGACAAUUUGCAUUCGGACUACAGAUAUAGCGAAGGCGUGAAGCAUGACUUCUUUUCAGUCCUAGCUAUCUUCUUUCCGGCAGCAACAGGUAUCCUGGCAGGUGCGAAUAUAUCCGGUGACUUGAAGGAUCCUCAAUCGGCGAUACCGAAGGGAACUUUACUUGCGAUAUUAUUAACGACACUAUCGUAUAUUCUUAUGGCAAUUAUGGUUGGAGGUAGCGUCAUGCGAGACGCUUCCGGUGAUAUAAAUGACUUAAGAACAACUGUUAAUAAUUCUUACGUCGUGCAAUCAUUUUUCGACGUAAGAAAUGACACUUCAGAAGAAAAUGUUACCAUUGCUGGGAAUUGGAGCGAAGCUAUUUGGAGCGUAUAUGAUACCAAAUUCAAUUGUACGUCUGGAUGUAAUUAUGGAACUCACAAUAGCUUUCAGGUAAUCGAAUUAGUAUCCGCUUUUGGUCCCUUUAUUUAUGCUGGCUGUUUCGCAGCAACGCUCUCAAGUGCCUUAGCCUCUUUGGUAUCUGCACCAAAAGUAUUCCAAGCUCUUUGUCUUGACAAUCUUUAUCCUGGAAUAGGAUGGUUUAGCGGAGAUAAGGACAAGGAACCUAUUCGUGGAUAUUUUCUUACUUUUGUCAUUGCUGUUGGUUUUAUACUAAUUGGAGAGUUAAACGCUAUCGCUCCAUUGAUAUCAAAUUUUUUCCUGGCUGCAUACACUCUUAUCAAUUUCAGCACUUUUCAUGCUUCUCUAGCAAGACCAAUUGGUUGGCGACCAACAUUUAAGUAUUACAACAUGUGGCUCAGUCUUGCCGGUGCUGUUCUAUGCGUUUCUGUGAUGUUUUUGAUCUCAUGGUGGACAGCCUUGAUUACCUUGUUCGUAGUUCUAGCGCUUUAUUUGGUAGUCUCGUAUAGGAAACCUGACGUGAAUUGGGGCUCUACCACGCAGGCUCAGUCGUAUAACAAUGCUUUAACAGCGAUUCAACAAUUAGAUAGGGUAGAAGAACAUGUUAAAAAUUACAAACCCCAAUUAUUAGUUCUUACUGGACCUCCAUCUGCGAGAGUAUCGUUAGUAGAUUUUGCUCAUCAUAUUACGAAGAAUCAAAGUUUAUUUAUUUGUGGACAUAUUAUAGAGACAUCAAUAUCGUACAAAACACGAAAUAAUAUGAUAGCGAAAUGUACUUCGUGGUUCAGAGCAAAUAAAAUAAAAGCGUUUUAUUCUGUGGUUGAUGGCGCCAAUUUUCAAGACGGUACUACUUCUCUUUUACAAGCCGCCGGUUUAGGAAAAAUGAAACCUAAUAUUUUAUUAAUGGGUUAUAAACAAGACUGGGCGUGCUGUUCACGAGAGAAUUUAAACAUGUACUUUAACAUCAUGCACAAAGCAUUAGAUAUGCACAUAGCUGUAGCUCUUUUACGAAUUCAAGAAGGAUUAGACAGCAGUGGAGUUAUAACAGAAGUUGAAGAACAAAAAAGGUUUGUACCUACAGUGAUACCAGCAAAUCAAAGUUUCUCCCAACUUAGUCAAGCCAGUAGUACUUCAGAUAUUUCAAUACCAGGAAGUCCUGCUCCGAAACGUUCGAAAAUAGUUAACGAAUAUCCAAAUCCGCUCGCAAAUGAACAACAGCGUGAAAAUAGACAAAAUAUAUCUCCCAUAGCAAAGGAAAUAUUUAACGCUGUUACAAAAUUCCAAAAGAAACAAAAAAAAGGCACGAUUGAUGUGUGGUGGUUAUAUGAUGAUGGUGGUUUAACACUUUUAUUACCUUAUAUUAUCAGUACAAGGCGCAAUUGGUCAAAUAGCAAAUUAAGAGUUUUUGCUCUUGCAAAUAAGCAUUCUGAGCUUGAAUAUGAGCAAAGAAAUAUGGCUAGUCUUUUAUCGAAAUUUCGGAUAGAUUAUUCGGCUUUAAAAGUGAUAUCAGAUAUAUCAAAACCAGCUCAAAGCAGUACGAAAAAUUUCUUUGAUUCACUGAUCGUCGAUUUUCAACUAUCUGAUAAUACUAAAGAUUCUGACGAUGGUAUUAUAAAAGAAUCUGAACUUAUUGCGAUGAAAGAAAAAACAAAUAGACAUCUCCGAUUACGAGAAUUAUUACUUGAAAAUUCUAUGGAAGCAAAUUUAAUUGUUAUGACAUUGCCAAUGCCACGGAAAGGUGCCGUGUCUGCACCUCUUUAUAUGGCGUGGCUUGAAUCUCUUACACGUGACAUGCCACCAUUUUUACUUGUUCGAGGAAAUCAUACAUCUGUUUUAACUUUUUAUUCUUGAAUACAUAAGAAAAAAAUACAUAAAAACAAAAAAAGAAAAAAAAAGAAAGAAGGAAAGGAAAGAAAAAAAAACAAGUGAGAUAUUGUAUAGCAUGAUAGCAUUAUAUUAAAUGAAGAGUUUCUCUUAUCAUAUGUAUGUAAGUGUAGUGAAAUCAUUGAAUAGGAAGGAGACAUCUAAUUUUAGAAUAUUUAACAUCUCGUUUUACAUACAGAUGAAAACAUAAUAUCGUUAUCAUAUUUUUUAAAUGAUUUUUAUGCUGGUACUAAAUACAUUAUAUAGAUAAAAUCUUAUUUUUAGUUCGUAUAU